UGUCGCGACUUCCGGUCGGGGCCGCCAUCUCGCCGUGAGACAGCAGGAGCGGGUGCCGCGGGAUGUUGUCCUCCUCAGCCGCGUACGCCGGCCCGGGCAGAGACCCGGCGAUGGAGCCUCACAGCGCCGCGGGUCCUGUGCAGCUGCGCUUUUCGCCCUACGCCUUCAACGGAGGUACUGUCUUGGCAAUUGCUGGAGAAGAUUUUUCAAUUGUUGCUUCUGAUACUCGAUUGAGUGAAGGGUUUUCAAUUCACACCCGGGACAGCCCCAAAUGUUAUAAAUUGACAGACAAAACAGUCAUUGGAUGCAGUGGUUUUCAUGGAGAUUGUCUUACCCUGACAAAGAUUAUUGAAGCAAGACUAAAGAUGUACAAGCACUCCAAUAACAAGGCCAUGACAACCGGCGCCAUUGCCGCGAUGCUGUCCACCAUCCUCUACUCUCGGCGCUUCUUCCCGUACUACGUGUACAACAUCAUCGGGGGGCUUGACGAGGAAGGGAAGGGAGCCGUGUACAGCUUUGACCCGGUGGGGUCCUACCAGAGAGACUCCUUCAAGGCCGGGGGCUCUGCAAGCGCCAUGCUGCAGCCCCUGCUCGACAACCAGGUCGGCUUUAAGAACAUGCAGAACGUAGAGCACAUCCCGCUGUCUUUGGACAGAGCCAUGCGGCUUGUGAAGGACGUCUUCAUCUCUGCUGCCGAGCGGGAUGUGUACACCGGGGAUGCGCUCAAGGUCUGCAUUGUGACCAAGGAGGGCAUCAGGGAAGAGACCAUUCCCCUCAGGAAGGACUGACCUGUGUGCUGUCGAACAGAUGCGUCUUAUUAAAAAUAAAUCCUGAAAUACUUGUUUUCUUAGAACUUGUGUCCUCUCAGCAGGACAGAUCUGGGAAGUGGAAUUUCUUUUUCUUUUCAUUUUUUUUCAUUCUUCCCAUACUUUUCUGUUUUCCAGAACUAUUUUUAUAUUUUAAGGAUGAAAAAAAUAAACAGGUCAUGUCAGUUUUUCCUUUGAUUUAUGAGCAAGAAAUUUAGCUGGACAAGUUGACUUUUUGAUCAGUGCCAUCAUCUUAUGAUGGUCAGCUUGUCCUCUAAAGGGGAUGCUUUGGGGUUUAUUCAGCCCACUCAGCUUGCUGGAAGGGUGGGUACCUUUACACUGCCUGGUUUUACCUUUAAAUCAUCUUGGUUUUAUUAAGACAUUAAUGGAUGUAAGUAGAAUAUCUUAAGGUUUCUCAUUCGUGGGAUCCUGAAAGCAGUAUGGACUGGCCGUUUUGGAAACAUCUUCAAAUCAACCAGAAUUGAAGAAAAAUAUGAAAGCAAAUAGCCCUUUUAGUGGGCUUUAGCCAGAAAUCAGGAUGAUUUUUCCAAACACUUUAGGAAUGUUAACAUCGAGACCUGAGUUUUGGUAGAGCUAAAGCAGUGUUUGUUUCAGAACUGUGAAAUACAUUUCAGUCCAUCGUAUGUGAUGUUGGAACAGUUUUCUUGACGUCGAAUAUGUUUGUGCAGCACAGCCCGGGCUACGAUUUUCCUUGUGGCCUAACGACAGUGAGGCUUUACUUUUUGACCCUUGUGAAGAAUUUAAUCACGGUUCUUAAACCCCUCGUAGAUACAUACUGUCACGGGCACUAGGGACACAACGGCAAGAUCGUACCUGUAUUUUUCUUACUGUCACAAGUGAAAACUAUACUGUCCCAUUCAAAA